UUUGAACACAUGGUAAAAAGGUACAAUUACGCGAAAAAUAAACCAAAGCAAAUGUUGAAACAUUUUGUUAUUUAAUUUAAUGCUGCAUUUUUAAAGCAAGGAACCACUUAAUAAUAAUUGGUUUCACACCAGAGCAAAAUACAAGACGGACUCGUUGUGUUUAGCGAAACAUCCAAACAUCGAACAGUCUGACUGGUAAAAUGAUGCGGUACUGGGGUGAGAUCCCUGUGUCGGCGGUGCCACCCAGCCGGAGCUCCUUCGACUUGCUGCAGAGGGAGUUUCGCUCAGUAGAGGUGCAGGACCCACCAUUGCACCAGCCCUCUGCCCAUCGCCCGCGCCCCACCACCAUGUUUGACGUGCCCUCCGAGCCCUGCAGCCUGACCAUCCACACUGUGCAGCUCAACCAGCACGUGCGCCGGCUCCGACGACUGCUCGCCACUGCUCAGGGGCAACCCCAGGCUGAAGGGGGUGCAAAGCUGGAGGAGAACGAGACCUUGCCUGCUCGGCCCCCCACACCAGCUAUCCCUGAUGACCUGCUACCCCUCGACAGCAAGGCACCCGCCCUUCCCUUCCAGCUUCUACACAGCGACCCAGAGAGCGAUUUCUACAAGGGGAAAGGGGAGCCUGUGACGGAGCUGAGCUGGCCCUCUUGUCGGCAGCUUCUAUAUCAAUCAGUGGCCACAGUGCUUGCCCAUGCAGGCUUCGAGUCGGCGCAGGAGAGUGUGCUGGAGAUGCUGACAGACGUGGCUCAUGAGCACUACCUGCGGCUGAGCCGGCUGCUGCGCGUGGCUGUGGAUCGAGAGGCCCGCCUGGGUGUCACACCCUUCCCUGACGUGGUGGAGCAGGUGUUCCACGAGGCUGGCAUUGGCAGCGUGCUGGCACUGCAGCACUUCUGGCAGCACCGCAUCAAGGACUACCAUAGCUACAUGCUGCAGGUUAGCAAGCAGCUGUCUGAGGCGUACGAGCGACUGGUGAACCCUGAGAAGGCAGCGGAGGAUGCCAAGCCCCUGAAGAUCAAGGAGGAGCCUCUCAGCGACAUCACCUUCCCGAUCAACGAGGAGCUGGAGGCAGACCUGGCCUCAGGGGACCAGUCCCUGCCCAUCGGGGUGCUGGGGGCCCCCAGCGAGAGGUUCUCCUCCGGGCUUGAGGGAGACUGCUCCCCCCAUACAGGAGGUGCGGUGGGCAACAAUUCCCCCUUGUGGAACCUGGCGCAGGUGAAGUUGGAGCCGCAGGACGUGGAGGAGGGGCAGGUGCACGGGCACGGCGAGCUGACGGGCGACGUCUUCGAGGAGCCCAUGUCAACCAUUAGCGAGUCUGGUGUCCCGCCGUCCCCCGACGGGGCCGGCUCCGAUGCCAGCUACGGAUCCCACUCCCCCGACAGCCUCAUGGGCACUUCGCCUGUCUUCAACCAGCGCCUUAAGAAACGCCUCAAGAAGAUGUGAGAGAAUAUGUGGCAUCUCAACCCACCCCAGCUGUUUAUCUAGACUAAAUUAACUUUACCAGCAACAAUAAUGAGUGGACAGAACUCCUGAGACGACCAGGAUUACACCAGCUACUUCUGCAGGGUUACCUUGAAAAGAAAGGGUGAAACUGUGAUGAAAGUGCUUUGAACAGAGGAGUGUGGAUUGCAGUGGGUGUGCCAGUGACUUGCACUUUAGCUACAGUUUGUAACUUUUUUUUUUCUUCCUGUAGACUUCUAACUUCAAACCCUGCAGUCCAUUCAAGCUUUUUGAUUGCUUUUUGGCGAUGUUUCGGGACAUAGUUGAGUGUGUACUUCUGAAUAGUACUGUAUCUACAAAAUAUAAACAGCAGUCACACAAGUAAGAGGUGGAAGUCAAGUGGAUAGAAUACGGCAGACUACGGGGAACCCAAAUGUAUAUUUCAGCUGGUGUUGGGGACUUAAUUUUACCAACACCAAAACCAGGGCUUGCUAGGGAAAAAAUUGUUAAAGUGAUGCUACAGAUUUGCAUUGUUUACAAAUGUGUAUUCCGUCCCAAGCAAGAAGAGGUCUGUAAGAAAGAUGAUGCAUUCUGCAUACGCUGCACACUGAUUUUUGUAAAAGGUAAAUAUUUUGCCUCCAACUUUUGGGAUAUCAUUUCGUUAUACCACUAGUAGAUUUAUUUGAAUAACUCCCUUUAAACAAAAAUGUGUGCUGUAUAGUAAAUGAAGAUGGAGAAAUUGAAGUGUAUGUCUUUGGUUUACAUGUUCAAUACCAGAGAGGUGUAAUGGUGAUCUGGCUGGUUUGAUGUUAAUCUAGGCCAGAAGGCAGUAUAGAGAGUCCAGACAUGGAUUGUGGGUAUAAGCACAGAGCACAUUUAUUUACUAUGUGCAGCACGAAAACCAGACUGAAACUUAUUGAAUAUACCAUUAAGAGUUAGACAUUUUUGUAAUUGAAUUGCACCUUAUCUAGAACCUUAUCUAUGAAUGGUAAGUUGGGGAUUUUAGGGUCCAAAUUGUGUUUUUUAAGCAUAGGCUUUACCACAGCUACCUUAAGUGAUGACAGAACUAUACCGGCAGAAAGUGAACCAUUUAUAAUUUUUAAAAUGUGGGAAUUAAUAACACCAAGAACAUAUUUUAAUAGUUUUGUAGGAAUAGGAUCAAGAGAGCAUGUAGUAGCUCUCAUAUGUUGAACUAGCUCUGUCAGUUCGUGAUUUCCAUUACAUGAGAGUAGGUGUUAAAACUUCAUGCUGAUAUUGGACUCCGCUCUCGCCAAGAUAAGCACCAACUAAGACUGUAAACUAAUGUGAUCUAUCUGCGUUUCCUUCCAUCUGGUGAUGUAGAUAUCCUUCUGCUUGGUGUUGAUGGCUGAAGUGUAAUGCUGGCUCCAGGGAUCAGCCUAUUUUGCCUCCCUGGCGCAUCAGCACACACAACAGCUGCAAUGCUGGCUCCAGGGAUCAACCACAGUGAGGCCUCCCUAGCGCAUUAGCAUGACAACUGUCUGGACAGAGCUGAGUAGGGCACUUCUCUAGGGCCUUCAAGUGGGCACCUUCCAUCCUUGGUGUUUCGUCGACUAGCUCAACAACAACUUGAUAGUGAUUCUGGCGUCCUAGCAUCACCCCCCUCCGUCCCCCACUCAGCUAAGCCCAGCUUACUUACCUUCCUUUACAUCAAUGUUUUUUUUUUAUUUCUACUGUGCUUGAGGUCCCCAACCAGAAUCUUUUCAUCUCAACCAGAGCCAGUUGCUGCUCCUCUCUGCUGCUUCAGAUAAGUUCUUCACUAUGCGUCGGUCUCUUGUGGAGUGUGCCACAAAUACUCAACAACCCACCUCCACUGGGUAAACCAUUUCCUGAUGUAUGAACUGAUUAAUGCUUCCAGCUUCUCUACUGUUGUCAAGGGAACUUCAUACACAGUGAGUGGCCACAGAAGUCUUGGCAAUAGACCAAACUGAAAGCACCAGAGUUUAAAUUUGCCCAGUAAAGCGCUGCUGUCUAUGCUGUUCAACCCUUGCACUGCUUGUUGUCUCAUUUCUCCCACACGAACUGUGUCCUUUAGGUCCCCAUCAUACCAUCUCUCAAGACUUUUCACAGGCUUCUCAGACACUGUUGGUAUUGCCUCACCGUUAAUGGAGAACCUCUUAUCCACUACUUUACCUUUAAUUAUAGAGAUGCUCCUUGACUUAGUGGGCUUGAAUUGCAUUCGUGCCCAUUCAAUGUUAUUGAUUAGUUUGCACUAUAACCGAUUAUUCAUGAUUGUCAUGUCAUCCAUGUACGCUCUAAUUGGUGGCAGUUGCAUUCCAGAAGCCAAGCAUUCUCCUCCCACUACCCAUUUUGAUGCCCUAAUAGUUACUUCCAUUGCCAUGGUAAAAGCCAGUGGAGAAAUGGUACAUCCUGCCAUUAUUCCAACUUCUAGUGAUUGCAAUGUAGUGGUGAAUUCUGAAGUUGAAAAACAAAAUUGCAUAUCUCCAAAGUAGGCUUUCACUAAGUUUGUUAUUGUCCUUGGUACACUGAAAAAAUCAAAUGCUGCCCAAAGAAGCUCAUGUGGUACAGAAGCAUAUGCAUUAGCUAAAUCCAGGCUACUUUCAUCAAUUUCUACAGGAUUCAUAGAACACCUGGGCCACUCUUGUACACUCUGUACGGAACUCCAUUAGGCCCAGGAGAUGACGCCCUUGCCUUUUUCACAGCUUGCUCUACGUCUUUCCACUUAUGUGCGCAGUUUUCCAUUUGGUAUUCAGCUGGAUUGACAGGUGGGAUGUCUGAAGGAAUCGACAUAGGCUCCUGUCUUUUUGAAUCUGUGUGCGUUUUCUCGAAAUAUCUCUCCAGCUGACUUAGUUACUUUUAGUGUGCCAUUUUUCUCCCUGGUGAAUAACUUCUUUGCAAAUUUGAAUGUGUCUUUAUAAAAGUCAGUUCUUGCACGCUCCUUCUUUUUGUAGCGUUUCUGUAGGCACUCAGCUCUGCACAAUGUUGCAAGCUUAUCUUUUAUGACCCUUUUGUAAUAGAUUGAGUGCCUCCUUCUGACUUUGUUCUGCUCUCCUCCAUUGCUUCCUCAGCUGCAUCCUUUCUGUAACUAAGCACUCAAUGUCCUACUGCCGUCUAGACUUUACAGGAAUAGUUUGUAUUUUCUCCUUUCAUUUUUCAACUCCAGACCUCCUUGGUUUUUUCAACUCCUUGCUUCACAAGCUCUUGGCCAUUUAACUCCAGGCUUGUGCCCGUUGAGGUUCUCUCUUACGAUGAUUCAUCUGACCAGGUUCACAAGGUAAUCAAAGAAAAAAAAAAAACAUAGUAGCCUUAAUAGGGGUAGUUGGUAUUUUUAAAGCAAUGUAAUAAGUAAUUGCAGCUGUGUGUCAUUUUAGAGUUAACCGCUUGUCCAAUAUUGAUGAAACUUGCCAAAGACUUUCUUUAACACAAAUGAUUGAGUCCAUCAUAAUCGGAGGCUGUUAGUUUAUAUAUCACACAUUUUUCCAUGUGCAUACAUGUAGUGGUUAUAAGUAGUUAUGAAUGACACAUUUACCAAUGUAAGUGAUACUUACAUAGGGGAGAUUAUUUGGUUCUACUUCAGAAGAGCAAGCUUUACUGAAAAAAACAAACAAAUAGUGAGUUUUUUUUAUAUUACUAUUGGUAGGUAACCCUUUUUUGAAAUGAUAAAAUUGUGUUCUGUUGAUAUUCAUUUAAUACCAGUCAUAACAUUACAGUAUGUAUGUCACAGGGUUUUGAAUAGAUUUUCAGUGCAACUUGUUCAAUUGUCAUAAAACUUGCAAAGGAUCUUCUUUUAGCACAAGUUAUACACUGACAAAUAUUUCAAAGACAACACUGUCAUGAAGAUUCAGGAUGAAAAAUUAUUCAGACCCCAUAUUUUGACCAAAGGAGUAUGGUAGUCUCAAAUUACCUGGGAAACCCAAUACUUCAAAAAAUUAAAUAUAUGACAAAUGUGUAUCAAUAACAAUGUAUGGUACAACUCUGGUAAAGUAAAGCAGUUUUUUGAAUACAGAAUGUUUACAGUAGAUGAAUAAAGAAGUGACUCAGUUAUGCAGCUCACAAAGUUACAGAAUAGUAUCAAUCAGAGAAGAUAAUUAAAGGGUUAAAGUUACAGGAGCUGGAGGAGGCUGUACAUGCAAUGAAUAAGGGCCUUCCCCCGGGAUUGGACACCGCUGGAACUUCUGUUAUUACUAUGGAAACAGAUUACCCCCCUUCUCCUAAAGUCAAUUAACUAUUCAUUAGAAAUCGGCUCCUUUCAGAGACCAGAAGUCUGUGUUGAUCUCCCUCCUUUUGAAAAAGGGGAAAGAUCCUUUAGAAUAUUCUAGAAUAUUCUAGCUAUCGUCCGCUGUCUGUCUUGAAUGCAGACAUAAACAUUUAUGCUUAGUUAUGCAAGUGCUUAGUCCGUCGACUUAACUCAUGUAUUCACUCCCUAAUUCACCACGAUCAGACAGGGUUUAUGAAAGGCAGACUUGCUUCAGAUAAAUUGCGUCGUUUACUUCAUGUUAUAGAUCUGGCUGAGGGAUCGCCAUCGCCCUCUGCUGUUCUGCCAUUAGAUGCUGAAAAAGCCUUUGACAGAGUGGAAUGGGAUUAUUUGUGGGCUGUAUUGUGGCGCUUUGGCUUUGGGACCCCCUUCAUUGAUAUGAUUUGUACGCUGUAUAGUACUCCAACUGCUUGUGUAUUAACUGGAUCCGUGAUGUCUGCUCAGUUUCCUCUGACAAGAGGAACCAAACAGGGCUGUCCUCUCGGUCUUCUCCUCUUUGCCAUCUUGUUGGAGCCUCUAGCACAAGUGGUUAGGCAGAGCAUGGUGAUUUCUUCUAUUGACAUCCAGGGCACCAAACACCACAUAUCUCUGUAUGCGGAUGAUGCAUUAUUACAUCUUGCAGAUAUAUAUAAUUCCCUCCCUAAUGCAUUGCAGUUGUUUGAUUUUUUUUGUUCUCUUUCAGGUUACAAGAUCAAUUGGUCUUAAUCCGCUUUGCUACCCUUAAAUCUACUUCCUACAGAUCCAUUACUUAUAACCUUAGCACCUAUUCUUACUUGCACAGACAGUUUUACAUAUCUGGGCAUGAAAAUUUACAAAACGCUGCCAUCAAUUAUGGAAGGAAACUUUGGUAGUAUGUUGUCUAAAAUACAGCUUCAGCUUGCCCUUCAUGGCAGAAUAUCUGUGAUUAAAUGGAAUUUGUUGCUGCGUAUUACUUUAUUGUUCUCCACGUUACCUCUAUCACUUCCCCCAAAUGUAUUACUAAUAUUAAUUUGUUGUGCUCGAAAUUUAUCUGGAAUGGCAAGAACUCCAGCGCACUAAAUCUGCUUUCCAGCGCAGGGCUGUGUAGAUGUGGUUUCAUCCAGAAACUCCUAUUUCUUGGCGUCCCAUUGAGGAUAUUUUAGUUCAACUGUACCGCUUACAAGAUCUUCCCUUUUCUGGCUUAAAACUUUUUUUUUUUUUUUUCAAUUCGCAUGGGCACCAUUACUGCCAAUAUUUUGCAAACACUGCACACACUAUACCCUAUCUGGCAAAAUGCCUUUCUAUUAACUGGCUCACACCCUUUUGUUUAUUCUCAUUGGUCAACACGCAAUAUACACACACUGAAUGAUAUCUUUGGCCUCUGUUUUUUUCAUGAUUUGCAAGAACAAAACUCUCUUCCGGGCUUUUUUUCUGCAUCUCUGGCUACGCUCAUCCCUUCGUGGGUUUCCUGCGGUUCCCCUGUACGUCCUCAUCCGCUGGUGAAUCUCUUUUACAGCUCUCCCCCAGGGUAGGGAUUGUUUCAUUUAUAUAUGAUGAACUUGUAUCCUACAAUGCUAAUACCCUUCCAAUUACUAGCAUUUGGGAUAGGGAGUUGAGUAAGCUUGCUCACCCCUGACUGGGAUACUAUCUGGGAGAAUAUUUUUAUAUUGUCUAAAAUUCUGGCAUAUCAGCUUACUCAAAAUAAAAUGGCUCAUAGAUUCUACGCUUCUCAACUUCCAUAUGAAAAUGGUAGCUUAUCCUACCUGCCAGGCUUGUACCUUGGGAAUGACAGGCACAUAGUUGCAUAUGUUCUGGGAGUGUCUGAAAAUUGUCAACUUUUGGAAGUUUGUUGCUACUGUGGGCUCUCUAGUGGGGGUGGUCAUGCCCCUCCUGAGGUGCUUUUGCUGGCUGAUGACUCUCAGUUUGCAUUGCCAUUACAAUCCAGGGGGCAGCAGCCAAGAAAACUAUUCUGAAGUGUUUGGUGGAGCCGUCUAUCUCCUUUUUUUCUAUCUGGUUAAACUAUUUGCAUGACAUUAUUCUGUUGGAAAGAACCAUGGCUCGGCUACACUUAGCCACUGCUAACACGACUGGCACAGUUGUUUGAGUGAGAUAAAGUGCAUAUUAUUAGUAUUGUUAUUAUUAUCAUUAUUGUCAAAUUAAAGUUAUUAUUAUUAUUAUUAUUAUUAUUAUUAUUAUUAUUAUUAUUAUUAUUGUUAUAUUGUGAUAUUUCCCCCUAUGACAGCUUUCUUUUAAUCAAUAUCUUAAUAUUUUAAUCCAGUAGUGCUCUUAUUUUUGUCUGUAUGUUGUUGUGUUGUAUUUUUGUAUUAAUGAAACAUUUUUGUUGUUGUUGUUUGAACUGUACUGUCUCCUCCCAAUUCCCUGUUCCCAAAGGGUGGGAAUGAAUAAAUAAAUAAAUAAAUAAAUAAAUACAAAUAA